UCUGGUAGCUGCGGGGCGGGGAGACGAGGGCGGCGGGCACGGGCGGAGCAGGCCGUUGUAACCGGACCCACCCGCGCGGCGGACGGUGGGCUGUGCCGACUGACUCCCUGGCCACGGCUCCGCGGCGGCCGGGGUCGCUUCUCCCCUCCGCUUCGAGCGCCGGCGAGUGGGUGAGGGGCAGCGGGGCGCCCCUCCGCCGGGCGGCGGUUGGAGGCCGCGGCGGCUGCGCGGUGAGCAGUUUCCUGCUGGAGGGGCCGAGCGGGGUGCUCCGCGGUGGGGCCGGCUGUGUGCAGCCCGCCGAGCUCCGCUGUGGACUGACCUCGUCGGGAGGACCGGUCCGCGCCCGCCGGUGACGGAGGGACCCUGCGCGGGGGUUUGCCCACGAGGGGAGGCAGCGGGACUGCGCGCUCCCAGGAGUACAGUGGUUUCCAUGCCAGAAAAAUUGUGAUUUUGCAGCUCUUCCCAUAAAGAGUUCUGGCCGACCUUUCCACUUCUUCAAGAGUGUGGGGACAAUGCUGAAAGGAGUGACAAGACUUGUCUCCAGGGUCCAUAAGUUGGACCCUGGACAUUUUUUGCGCCUGGGGACCCAGGCACCCCAGAGCCUUGCUGCUCACCUGGAUAACCAGGUUUCAUUUGAGAGUCCUAGAGCUAUUUCCUGCACCAGUGAGAAUGACCCGGCCAAGCAUGAGGAGAAGCAUGAGGGUCAGCACUACAACUUACCCCUCCAGGAUAUGAAGACUAUAUUCCCCCAUGGCCUGCCUCCUCGAUAUGCAAUGCAGAUGAAGACAUUCAAUGAAGCUUGCCUGAUGGUAAGGAAACCAGCCCUAGAGCUUCUGCAUUACCUGAAAAACACCAAUUUUGCUCAUCCAGCUGUACGAUAUGUUCUGUAUGGGGAAAAAGGAACAGGAAAAACACUCAGUCUUUGCCAUAUUAUUCAUUUCUGUGCAAAACAGGACUGGCUGAUACUGCAUAUUCCAGAUGCUCAUCUUUGGGUGAAAGACUGCCGGGAUCUUCUGCAGUCCUCCUACAACAAGCAGCGCUUUGAUCAACCUUUAGAGGCUUCGGUCUGGCUGAAGAAUUUCAAAACUACAAAUGAGCGUUUCUUGAAUCAGAUAAAAAUUCAAGAGAAGUAUGUCUGGAAUAAGCGAGAAAGCAUUGAGAAAGGCAGUUCUCUGGGAGAAGUAGUUGAACAGGGUAUAACACGGGUGAGGAACGCCACAGACGCCGUUGGGAUUGUGCUCAAAGAGCUAAAGAGGCAAAGUUCUUUGGGUAUUUUUCACCUCCUGGUGGCAGUGGAUGGAGUCAAUGCUCUCUGGGGAAGGACCACGCUGAAAAGAGAAGAUAAAAGUCCAAUCGCUGCAGAGGAACUGGCACUUAUUCACAACCUGAGGAAGAUGGUGAAAAAUGACUGGAAUGGAGGUGCCAUUGUGAUGACUUUGAGCCAGACUGGGUCUCUUUUUAAGCCCCGGAAAGCCUAUCUGCCCCAGGAACUGCUGGGAAAGGAAGGAUUUGAUGCCUUGGACCCCUUUAUUCCUAUCCUGGUUGGCAACUAUAACCCAAAAGAAUUUGAAAGUUGUAUUCAGUAUUAUUUGGAAAACAGUUGGCUUCAACAUGAAAAAGCUCACACGGAAGAAGGGAAAAAGGAGCUGCUGUUCCUAAGCAAUGGGAAUCCUGGGCAGCUGGAGCGGCUCUGUGCCUACCUCUAGGCGAAGGCCACAACAUGCAUGGAAGGCAAUGGACAUCACAGGCCCAAUGAGAUGGGACGUCCCACAGCACACACACAGCUCAUGAGACUGGACAGUACUGCAAAUCAACUCCCAACUUGGCUGAAAUGGGUUCCUGGUAAAGUGACUAUAAUGGCAAUAAGACAUCCUCUUGUUCCUGAAACUAAUAUCAGUCUAUUAUAUAUGGUUUUCACAUUUUAAUUGUGCCUCUUUUCCUAAAAAAUAAAUUAUCUUUCUUAAAA